AUAUAUACCAUUCAGACUCUCUUCAUUAUCUCCAACAAGCAAACUACAAAGAAAUUAAUAGCUCUCAUUAAGGAGGCUUUCAAAGAUAUGGCGUCGAAAGCUUUCUUGAUGACGAUCAUGGUUGCAGCAGCCGUAGCUCCAGCUAUCGCCACGGAUUAUAUGGUUGGAGAUGCUGAUGGUUGGAAGUUAAAUGUUAACUACACUCAAUGGGCGGCGGGGAAAAGCUUUCAUGUUGGAGAUUCUCUGAUGUUCAUGUAUAAUACAGCACAACAUAAUGUUAUUCAAGUAAGUGGACCUGAUUUCAAAAAUUGCACUAACUCGGGUGCGCUAGGAGGCCCUUACAAAAGUGGAAAUGACACAAUUGCCCUUGACACGCCUGGGAGAAGGUGGUACAUUUGCGACACGGAAGGUCACUGCGAGGGUGGAAUGAAGCUCGUCGUCGCUGUAACUGUACCGGGACCAGCCCCAGCCCCCGCCCCAUCGAGUCAGGCGCCGGCUAUCCGGUCUGUAGUGUGGGUGGUCGCUUCUAUGGCGGCUGCCUUCUUGAUGAUCAUGGCUUGAUAAGCGAUGUUGUUAUGCCUGAUUUGCAGUUGGUGUUAUUUUAAUUUUUUUCUUUUUUUAUGUUUAUUUUGGUGUUCACCGGCAAAAGAUGGAAGAUUUGCCUUCGAUUAAUAAAACAUGUGUUCAAGUGAUUAUUUUACCGUUGUAUUUGGGACAUACGAGAAUGUAUUAAAAUUUUAAUUAA